UCCCGACCGGCAGCAAAAGAAGAAGAAGAAAACGAAGAAGCGGCUAGUGAUCUAGCCUAGCUGCGAGCUUUAUUUAGAGAAAUAUGGCUGCUGUGCUCCCUGUAAGACCGCCCUGCGACAGCAACCCUGCUACCCCUGGGGCACAAUCCAUAAAGGAGGAUGUCAUAGAAGAGGAGUCCAAUGAUGGCAGUCAGCCUCCCAAGAGAAGGAGAAUGGGUUCAGGGGACAGCUCUCGGAGCUGCGACACCUCCAGUCAAGACCUGGGCCCGACAUAUUUCCCAGCAGAGAACCUGACAGAGUACAAGUGGCCUCCAGAUGACACAGGAGAGUAUUACAUGCUACAGGAGCAGGUCAGCGAGUAUCUGGGAGUCACAUCCUUCAAGAGGAAGUACCCUGAUAUGGAGAGAAGAGACUUGUCCCACAAAGAGAAGCUUUACCUGCGUGAACAGAACGUCAUUACUGAGACACAGUGUACUCUGGGUCUGACAGCUCUGCGAAGUGACGAGGUGAUAGAUCUGAUGAUAAAGGAGUAUCCCACCAAACACUCUGAGUAUUCAGUCAUACUGCAGGAGAGAGAGCGACAGAGAAUAGCUAAAGAGUACUCUCAAAUGCAGCAGCAGAACCCUCAGAAGGUGGAGGCCAGCAAGGUUCCUGAAUACAUUAAGAAGGCGGCUAAAAAAGCUGCAGAGUUCAACAGUAACUUCAACAGGGAGCGUAUGGAAGAGAGGAGAGCUUACUUUGACCUCCAGACACAUAUUAUCCAGGUGCCCCAGGGCAGGUUCAAGGUGCUGGCUCCGGAGCUGACAAGGACGGGGCCCUACCCUGUGGCGCUCAUACCAGGACAGUUCCAAGACUACUACAAACGGUACUCUCCCAAUGAGCUGCGAUACUUGCCGUUGAACACAGCUCUGUUUGAGCCUCCUCUGGAUCCAGAGCUCCCUGCGCUGGACUCAGAACCUGACUCGGAUGAUGCAGAGGAGGGCAAGGAUGAUAAAAAGAACAAGAACUCAUCUGACAGUUCUUCAGGAAACACAUCAGACGUGGAGAGCCAGGAGGGAGGAGGUGGACAUGGCCACAAGUCCAAGGCCAAAGACAGGGCAUCCACGCCGGGCAAAGACGGCGGCCAUCGCCAUUCCGCCUCCCACAAAGCCACCCCAGGGUACAAGCCUAAGGUCAUUCCCAAUGCUAUAUGUGGCAUUUGCCAGAAGGGUAAAGACGCCAACAAGAAGGGCAAGCCAGAGGCUCUCAUUCACUGCUCCCAAUGUGAUAAUAGUGGUCACCCGUCCUGCUUGGACAUGAACACGUCGCUGGUGUGUGUGAUCCAGACGUACCGCUGGCAGUGUAUGGAGUGUAAGACCUGCACCGUGUGCCAGCAGCCCCACCACGAGGACGAGAUGAUGUUCUGUGACAAAUGCGACCGAGGUUACCACACAUUCUGCGUGGGCAUGGACUCCAUACCCACUGGCCUUUGGGUAUGUGAGGUUUGCGACAAAGACUUUACCACACCCAGGAAGAAAGGAGGAGCCAAAACACCGAAGAAGUCAAAGUCAGCUAAAAAAUGAUCAACAGCAUCAUUAACCACAAUACCACGACCAAAUUCUACAUAAAUGCACAAAUGUCAUCUGUUAAAUGUUUUGCAGAAGAAGUAACAUUUUAAAACAUCAGAUCAUUGUUUUCCAAAAAUAAACGGAAGUGUAGCCCUCCUACCAAAUACCAACAAUCAAAACACAAGAUCUUAACCUGCAGUCACUCUUCAUUGAUUGGCAGUUCUUUAAAUACUCAUGCUAACAUUAGAAAACUAACAUAUUAAUAUCUUCUGUGAAUGCUUUGAUGACAUCAGUAAAGCAGGCCUAUAACUUGAAAUACAAUCAUUUGAAUUAUACCUCAAAUGCACGCGCUCAAAAAAUCCAGACAUAAACAUUAACCUGACCUCUCUGUUCUGUGAUGUUAGAGAAUGAACUCCAGUCACCAUAUAAACAUAAUGUUAACUGAUAAACUGUAAAUCAAAUCCAUCCAAAUGAACUAAAUCCUGUGAUCUGCUAACCACUAACAGCAUCAAUGCAUUCCUAUUUCAUUAAACUGAUGAGUCUUGUAUUUUCUGUCUUAUGACAUUUCUGUAGUGAUCGGAAAAUUGUUUCAGCUGAACAAAUGGUGUUUUUGAUCCUGUUCUACUGGAUCAGUCGAUGUUACCAAGAGCUCACUGACCUAAUUCAGUGUCUUUAAAAACAACAUUUUUUUGUAUCUGAUCAACUACAGUUGGUAUUUUUGAAUUAACAUGUAUUUGAUGAGGCAGGCCAGUAAAGAGAAUCUUAUUUAAACAAAGUCUUGUCUUAAAUGAUGACUCGGUGCUUGUGAUCCUGUGUAAUGAGAUGUAGUAGACGCUGGCUGCGGUAGACUUCAUGGCUGCAUCAGUUUUCAGGUAUUUAUGUGUUAGUCUUGAUUACUGAAACAAAGUGUCUCACUUUUGUUGUCCUCUAUUAUUAAUUAGUAUAAGAAAAUGUAACCACUCUGUAAUUACUUUGAAAUUAAACAUCCAUCAGCUAUGAUUAGUCAACUGAUUUUGCAGUCAGUCAGUGCAGUUAUUUUUUUCUAUUUUGUAUUGUCCUUCAUUGAGCAAGCUGUUUAAGGGAUUUUUAAUAAUGUCAUAGCCACUGAAUUCAGAAGUGUUUUCUUCCCAAUAAAAGCUACGUAAAAAGAUUCAUCCUUUA